UUAGCCUAGACAAUAUAAUAAUAGCUUAUUAGUUUGUUUCAUUUAAUAAUAAAAUAUAAAUAAUUUAUGAUUGUAACUAAUCAUGGCAGUGAAAAAGCAAAAUAAAAUUAGUAAGGUCAAGCGAAAUAAUCAGAAAAAAAAUAAACUUACUAAACAAGGAAAGAUAAAAAACAAGCGAAAUAAAGUCGCAUUAAAAACAAAUAAUCAGGUUCCUCCGCCAAAAAAUGAUGUUGUAUAUAGUGACUCAGAGGAGAGUGAUCAUGGACAAGGAAUGCUCGAGAUGGUGGAAAAAGAUGAUUUGUCUUUUUUGCAAAAAGCUGUUGCUGAGAAAUCUACUUCUUAUUCAUUGCUUAAUAAAAUUCGGUUUAAAGAUAAAUGUGAGCCAAUAAAACAGCGUAAGAGGAAACCAAAUUUAGAUGGAGAAGAUAAUGAGAUUGAAUCUCGGUAUGAAGAAGAAAAUGUUGAUGAGAAGAACUCAAAGAGAACUAAGUUAUUGCUUCCAAUAAAAACAAAAUCAGGUUUGAUUAUGCGUAGCGUUGAUGAAGAAAUACCAGAUGAUGAAGAUGAAGAAGUAAAAGAAAAUAUUGAUCAUAACAUGCAAACUCGCAAAGAUGAUGACGAUUCAGACGAUGAUGAUAUUUUUGUACUGGAAGAUGACAAUGAAAUAGAUCCUACAAAACCAGUCUCUGUUGCAGAAUUAUUUGCAAAACGACAAGCAGAACUACAAAAACAGAAAUUUCGAAUAGGAGUCUUUUGUUCAGGAUUAUUAGAAAGUCCUGAAAAAAAUUCGUGCAAUAACCAUCUUUUGAAAGCACAGUCUCAUGAUGUAUACACAGAUGCUUUAGCUUGUUUAUUAGCAUUACGAAUUCAAGAUGUCAAUUUAGAUGCUAAGAAGAAGAAAAAGAAGAAGAAAUACGCCAAAAGAAUUUAUGACUAG